UCCUCCUCUCCAAUCAACCCCACCGAACUCCAACCAAAAGCUUUGCAACAUCUCCAAUUAUCCCAGCCAUGGCUACACCCUCAUCAUCCUCCCCAGACUGGCUCAACAAAGGUGACAACGCAUGGCAGCUCAUAGCCGCCACCCUCGUCGGAGUUCAAAGCAUGCCCGGCCUGGUCAUCCUCUACGGCAGCAUCGUCAAAAAGAAGUGGGCCAUUAACUCAGCCUUCAUGGCCAUCUACGCCUUUGCAGCUUCCCUCAUCGUCUGGGUUCUCGUCGCUUAUCGCAUGGCUUUCGGCGACAAGCUCUUGCCUUUUUGGGGCAAGGCCGCUCCGGCGCUCGGCCAGAAGUAUCUCCUUGCCCAUGCUGCAGUCCCUGAGACAGAUCAUUACUACAAAAAUGGAACCUUAGAGACUCCAAUGGACAUGCCUUCUUAUCCAAUGGCCACGCUUGUUGGCUUUCAGUUCAUGUUCGCCGCCAUCACUCUCCUUCUUCUCGCUGGCUCUGUGCUCGCCCGGAUCAGUAUCAAGGCCUGGAUGGCGUUUGUUCCACUCUGGCUCAUCUUCUCCUACACCGUCGGAGCAUUCAGUCUUUGGGGUGGUGGUUUCCUUUAUCACUGGGGUGUUAUCGAUUACUCCGGCGGUUAUGUUAUCCACCUCUCCUCCGGCGUCGCCGGUUUUACAGCUGCUUACUGGGUUGGACCGAGAUUGAAAAGUGAUAGAGAACGAUUCCUGCCAAAUAACAUCUUGUUGAUGAUCGCCGGAGCUGGUCUUCUAUGGAUGGGAUGGUCCGGGUUCAACGGCGGAGCACCAUACUCGGCCAAUGUCAUUUCCUCAGUUGCCAUCCUUAAUACCAACAUCUCUGCAGCGGCGAGCCUUUUAGUAUGGACGUGUUUGGAUGUUGUUUACUUUGGAAAACCAUCGGUGAUCGGAGCUAUUCAGGGAAUGAUUACUGGCUUAGUUUGCAUCACUCCUGGUGCAGGAUUGGUGCAGGGUUGGGCAGCGAUGGUAAUGGGAGUGCUUGCCGGAAGUGUGCCAUUUUCGAUGAUGGUGCUUCAUAAGAAGUGGGUUUUGUUGCAAAAAGUGGAUGACACGCUCGCUGUGUUCCACACACAUGCAGUUGCAGGGUUGCUGGGUGGAUUGCUGACUGGAUUGUUAGCAGAGCCGGCUUUAUGCCGACGGUUCUUGCCGGUGACUAACACCAAAGGUACGGUGUACGGCGGUGGAGCUGUGCAGCUGAUGAAGCAGCUGGUGGGUGCAUUGUUUGUGGCUGCAUGGAAUGUGGUUGUGACAAGUAUAAUAUUAAUGGUGAUCGGAUGGUUUACUCCUUUGAGGAUGUCGGAGGAGGAGCUGGCCAUUGGAGAUGAUGCUGCUCAUGGAGAAGAAGCUUAUGCGUUGUGGGGUGAUGGUGAGAGGUAUGAUACAACUAGACAUGGAUCAGUGUAUGGAGGUCAUGAAGGAUUGAUGUUGAACUCUGGGGUUGUUAAUGGUGCAAGAGGAGUUACCAUUCAGUUGUAGGUUUGUAUUUUAGUGUAUGAAGUCACGCAUGCAUGGUUUGAACCACUAUUUUUCUAGACGCCUAUUUUGACUGUUUUUAGGAAAAAAAAAAAAAGAGUGUACUUUUUGUGUAUACUUAGUAGUUUGUGAAAGAAUAGAUGUGAAGAAAAAGGUAAGAAGAUGAAGACAGGAAGAAGAGAAUUAAUUAAUUAAGUGAAUGAGGACAUGGGCUUUUCGGAGAGUAGUGUGGUUUUGUGGCUU